UUUUUUUUUUCUUUUUUUCUUUUACUUUUUAGUGGAUUUCAUUAUGGUGGGCUCGGAAACGGCGGUUGAAGACAAACUUGAAAAGGUUACUUUGGAAGAUCCUGUUAUUGAAGAAGGAUCAGAUGAAGAAGAUGUGAAUCCUACUGCUACUGCUGCUGAUGGGGAAGGUGCCAAAAAGAAGAAGAAGAAGAAAAACAAAAAGAAGAAGAAAGGACCCAAGACUCAAACCGAACCUCCUACUGUACCUGUCUCGAAAAUCUUUACCAAUGCUAUCUAUCCUGUGGGUGAAUGUCACGAUUAUAGAGAUGACAACUUGUGGAGAACAACUAGUGAAGAGAAACGAGCAUUGGAACGAGAUCAAGAAUCUAACUAUAACGAUGUACGCCGUGCUGCUGAAGUUCAUCGUCAAGUGCGUCAAUAUAUUCAAAAGAUCCUCAAACCUGGUAUGACUUUGACAGAAAUUGCAGAAACCAUUGAAAACGGUACUCGAGCCUUGGUGGAAGAAAAUGGCAUGGAAGCUGGUAUUGGGUUCCCUACUGGAUUAUCUUUGAAUCAUUGUGCUGCCCAUUUUACUCCUAAUGCUGGUGAUAAGACGGUAUUGACUUAUGACGAUGUGAUGAAGGUGGAUUUCGGUGUUCAUGUUAAUGGUCGUAUUGUGGACAGUGCUUUCACUCAUCACUUUAAUCCCAAAUUUGAUAAACUUGUGGAAGCUGCUAGGGAAGCCACCAAUGCUGGGAUUCAGGCUGCUGGUAUUGAUGUUCGUUUAUGUGAUAUUGGUGCAGCUGUCAACGAAGUCUAUGAUUCGUAUGAAAUCGAAUUGGAUGGCAAAACAUAUGAUAUCAAACCCAUCCGCAAUUUGAAUGGUCAUACUAUUGAACCUUACAAAAUUCAUGCUGGCAAAUCUAUUCCUAUUGUUCGUGACACGGGUGAUGAAACCAAAUUGGAAGAAGGCGAACAAUUGGCUAUUGAAACCUUCUGCUCAACCGGUCGUGGUUAUGUUAUUGAAGAUGGUGAAUGUUCUCAUUAUGCAAGAUCUCAUGAUUCUGGUUUUGUUCCUUUAAGAUUACCAAAGGCAAAAUCUUUACUGGCUACCAUCAAUCAACAUUUUGGAACAUUACCUUUUUGUCGUCGUUAUUUAGAUCGUAUUGGGGAAACAAAAUACUUGAUGGCCUUAAGAAAUUUGACAGAUGCUGGUCUAGUGACAGCCUAUCCUCCUUUAUGUGACACCAAGGGAAGCUAUACUGCUCAAUUCGAACACACCAUUCUUUUACGACCUACUUGCAAGGAGAUUGUUUCCAAGGGUGAUGAUUAUUAGUUUAGGGCAAAGUUGUAGUUUCUAUUACAUUCUUUAUUCAAUAAAAAAAAUAUCAUUAACAUUGGA